AGUUGUACAUACAGAGUUGUACAAUAGAUAGUCUCUGUUGGAAAGGAAGUAAUGAAGAACUUGCACUAGCUAGACUACUUUUUCUGUGAGAAUCUUGAUAUUAAAAAAAUCACGAUGCAAAAUCCGGACUCGGGACAGGGAGAAUCCACCAAGAAUGCAUCUGGGUCGGUCCAUUCCGAUAAUAAUGCACCGAAUAGCGGAGAAAUGAAGUCACCGGGUUUUGACGCUGUAUCGGUUCUUUGGACAUUUGGCAAGUGCCUAGGUGCCUUGCUGCCUGUGUACCUUGCAGGAUACUACCGAGUUAGCGCCAGUUUUUUGGUUUUCGGGUUUAUGGUCUACACGGGAUGGAGGCACUCGCGCGAGGCAAAAGAAGCUCGUCUGCGGUCCGCCAUUCACCACUAUGACAACGAGAAACAAUAUAUUUCCAUGAAAAUGUUCAGAAGUAAAAAGGAUCUCCCUGCUUGGGUCAACUUCCCAGAUGUGGAGAAGGUGGAGUGGCUCAAUAAGAUUCUGCAGCAGGUGUGGCCGUUUGUGGGUCAGUAUCUGGAAAAGUUGCUGGUGGAGACCAUCGCUCAAACCAUCCGUUCCUCCAGCACUCACCUCCAGACCCUCACCUUCACCAAGGUGGACUUUGGGGACAAGGCCAUGAAGGUUGUGGGUGUGAAAGCACACACAGAGAAUGAGAGGGGACAAGUUCUGCUGGACGUGUACAUCAGCUAUGUUGGAAACGUUGAGAUUAAUGUGGAGGUGAAGAGGUAUUUCUGCAAAGCAGGAGUCAAGGGAAUACAGCUGCAUGGGAUGAUGAGGGUGAUUCUAGAGCCUCUGAUUGGAGAUGUCCCCAUCGUGGGCGCGGUCACCAUGUUCUUCAUCCGCAGGCCGAAACUGGACAUCAACUGGACUGGAUUGACCAAUUUACUGGACAUCCCUGGCCUGAACAUCAUGUCUGACACUAUGAUAAUGGACGCCAUCGCCUCCUUCCUGGUUCUGCCCAACCGCCUGACUGUUCCCCUGGUAGCAGACCUGCACGUUGCCCAGCUACGCUCUCCUCUGCCCAGGGGUGUGGUACGUAUCCACCUCUUGGAGGCUGAUGACCUGCCAGCUAAGGACAACUACAUGAAGGGAGUGAUAGCGGGGUUGUCUGACCCGUAUGCUCUGUGUAGGGUGGGGCCUCAGACUUUCACCUCCCACGUUGUGGACAACACUGUCUGUCCCAAGUGGGGAGAGAUGUAUGAGGUCAUAGUCCAUGAAGUACCAGGUCAGGAGCUGGAGGUGGAGGUUUAUGACAAAGACCCAGACAAUGAUGACUUUCUGGGGAGAACCAAAAUAGAUUUGGGUAUCGUGAAGAAGUCCAAAGUUGUUGAUGAAUGGUUCACCCUGAAAGAAACCAAGUCAGGACGUGUCCAUUUCAGACUGGAGUGGUUGGUCUUGUUGCCCAAUACGGAGCGACUGGAACAGGUUCUUCAGAGGAACGAGAGCAUGACGGUGUCCAGUAAGACUUCUGACCCCCCCUCGGCAGCUAUCUUGGCAGUGUAUCUGGACAAGGCUGAAGCCCUUCCUAUGAAGAAGGGCAAUAAAGAACCUAGUCCCAUGGUGCAGUUGUCUGUACAGGACAUCACUCGAGAGAGCAGGACCUGUUGGACGACCAUCAACCCAAAAUGGGAGGAUGCCUUCACCUUCUUUAUCCCAGAUCCACACAAGCAGUCAAUAGACAUUCAGGUGAAGGACCAUGACCGGAUACAGACUCUAGGUAGUCUGUCCAUCCCUCUGUCCCGCCUGCUGUCGGGCCCCAACCUGUCUCUGGACCAGUGGUUCCAGCUAGACAAAUCUGGCCCUGCCAGCCGCAUCUACAUCAACACUGUACUCAGGGUGUUAUGGUUAGAUGAGGAAAACAUCCCCACUUCCUCUACAGAAGCAGCCAAACUAGCAGCAGGUCUCUCAAAGAUACGUCCCCAACAGACCUCCCCAGACCCCAGCUUUGCCACAGAGGGGGUGCUGAGAAUCCACCUUCUAGAGGGCCAAAAUCUGGUCCCCAAGGACAACAUGAUGGGGGGCAUGGUGAAGGGCAAGAGUGACCCCUAUGUCAAGAUCAACAUUGGGGGUGAGAUCUUUGAAAGCCGGGUCAUCAAUAGGAACCUCAACCCCACCUGGAACGAGAUGUAUGAGGUGGUUCUGACCACACUGCCUGGCCAGGAGCUGCAUGUAGAGCUGUUUGAUAAGGACAUGGACAUGAAGGAUGACUUCAUGGGAAGGUUGAAGAUCAGUCUGAAGGAUAUCAUCACCUCUCAAUACACUGACCAGUGGUACACUCUGAAUGAUGUGAAGUCAGGUCGCCUUCACCUGGUACUGGAGUGGGUACCAACAGUAUCACAACCAGACAGACUGGAUCAGGUGUUCCAGUUUCAGUCCAGGCAGUCUUACCACAACAAAGCCUUUCCAUCCAUGGCUCUACUGUUUGUGUUUGUGCAGAGGGCUGACGGCCUACCCCUGAAGAAAAGUGGGAAGGAGCCAAAAGUGGGAGCUGAACUUGUUGUGGGGGGGACCUCCCAUAAAACAACGGUGUGUUAUCGCACCAUCUCACCCCAGUGGGACGAGGCUUUUUACUUCCUGGUUCAUGACCCCAGAGAGGAGAUCCUCAUAGUGAAGUUGUCUCACAGUUGGACCUUGCCUAUUGGUUCUCUGGUGGUACCAGUCAGAGAGCUGCUGUCAGAACCAGAUCUGGUCCUGGAUCAGUGGCUGAGUCUGGAUGGAGCCUCACAUGAUAGUCAGAUUCUACUGAGGGCUGAACUGAAGGUGCUGUGUCCCAAGAAGUGUGAGAUUGAUGUGGAGAGGGCAGAUCAACCCAGAGCUCGAGCCGCCUCUACUGCUGAACAGAGACUGGAGAGAGACACAGUGCAGCAGAGGUGUAUUUCAGUGGACACUCCCAGUGCUCCAUCCCCCAGCCCUUCCUCUAUCCCAGCACCUGUACCAGAGCCAGAGGAGGCUAAGAGGGUAACAGUUACUGAGAUGGUACCUGAGGAGGUCACUGAGGAACCCUGUCUUCCUGGAACACUCCCAACACACACCAACCCUGAGCCCAGCUUUGGCUCUGAGGGGGUGCUGAGAAUCCACCUACUGGAGGCCCAGAAUCUAAUCGCCAAGGACAAUCUGAUGGGGGGCCUGAAGAAGGGCAAGAGUGACCCGUACGUCAAGAUCAACAUCGGAGUGGUCAAGUUUAAGAGUCAUGUGAUCAAGGAGAACCUCAACCCCACCUGGAACGAGAUGUAUGAGACGGUGAUGACCCCACAGUCAGAUCAGGAGGUCCAGGUAGAGCUGUAUGAUAAAGACAUGGACAAGGAUGACUUCCUGGGCAGGUGUAACAUCAGUAUGAGAGACAUCAUACACUCCCAGUAUACAGACCAGUGGUACACUCUGAAUGAUGUGAAGUCAGGUCGUGUUCACCUGGUACUGGAGUGGGUACCAACAGUAUCACAACCAGACAGACUGGAUCAGGUGUUGCAGCUGCAGUCUAUCCAGUCCUACCAGAACAAGGCUGUUCCCUCUGCUGCUCUGCUCUUCGUCUACAUGGACAGAGCCCACUCACUGCCUUUGAAGAAAAGUGGGAAGGAGCCAAAUGCUGGAGCUGAGCUUGUUCUGGGAGAGACAACCUACAGAACCAAGGUGUGUGAUCGUACCAACUCCCCCCAAUGGGAAGAGGCUUUCUACUUCCUGGUUCGUGACCCCAGAGAGGAGAUUCUCAUAGUGAAGCUCUCCAGUGCUUGGGAUCAGGCGAUGGGUUCUCUGGUGGUACCAGUCAGAGAGCUGCUGUCAGAACCAGAUCUGGUCCUGGAUCAGUGGCUGAGUCUGGAUGGAGCCUCACCUGACAGUCAGAUUCUACUGAGGGCUGAACUGAAGAUCCUGAACUCGAAGAUGACUGAGGGUGUUGGGGUACCACAAGGCUCUGUCUCAGGUCCAGAAACUAUUACUAGUUGGAGUUACAGUGAGGAGGAAGAACCAAUCACUAUUGAGCAGCCAGUUACUGCGACCAUUGAGGAGGACCAAGACAGUGAGGUGCCCUCUGAGGAAUCUGUUGCAGUCUCUAGCCAACCCUCUAUCUCUGAACCUGAGGAAGCAGAGGUUGUCUUUGAGGUCCCUAAAGAAGACCCCAGCCCUCCUGAGACACUCCACACCCCUGACCCCAGCUUUGAAACUGAGCAGAAAGAGGAGCCAGAAGACCCUAUCACCGUCACCCAACUGUCAGUCACAGCAGACACUGAGGAGCUCCAACCCUGGCAGGGACCAACGGCAGGAUCUGUUACAGAGGACAUUGCCAGAGCUACAGUGUCUAGCCUUCCUUCUGUGUCUGUACCUGAGGAAGCUGAGGUCAUGCCUGAUGUCAUCCCUGAAACACGCCCUCCUCACACUACCCCUCACCCAAGUUUUGGCACUGAGGGGGUGCUGAGAAUCCAUGUACUGGAGGCCCAGGAUCUGGUUGCCAUGGAUAAGCUGAUGGGGGGCCUGAAGAAGGGCAAGAGUGACCCCUAUGUCAAGAUCAACAUUGGAGUGGUCAAGUUUAAGAGUCAUGUGAUCAAGGAGAACCUCAACCCCACCUGGAACGAGAUGUUUGAGACGGUGCUGAACCCCCAGGCUGGUCAGGAGGUCCAGGUAGAGCUGUAUGAUAAAGACAUGGAUGCGGAUGACUUCCUGGGAAGGUUUAUGAUGAGGCUGAGUGAUGUCAUCAGUUCCCAGUACACAGACCAGUGGUACACUCUGAAUGAUGUGAAGUCAGGUCGUCUUCACCUGGUACUGGAAUGGGUACCAACAGUAUCACAACCAGACAGACUGAAUAAGGUGCUGCAGCUGCAGUCUCUCCAGGCCUACCAGAACAAGGCUGUUCCCUCUGCUGCUCUGCUCUUCGUCUACAUGGACAGAGCCCACUCACUGCCCUUGAAGAAGAGUGGGAAGGAGCCAAAGGCUGGAGCUGAGCUUGUUCUGGGAGAGACAACGUAUAGAACCAAGGUAUGUGAUCGACCAACUCCCCCAAUGGGAAGAGGCUUUCUACUUCCUGGUUCGAGACCCCAGAGAGGAGAUUCUCAUAGUGAAGGUGAGAGUUCACUCUCCAGUGCUUGGGAUCAGGCGAUGGGUUCUCUGGUGGUACCAGUCAGAGAGCUGCUGUCAGAACCAGAUCUGGUCCUGGAUCAGUGGCUGAGUCUGGAUGGAGCCUCACCUGACAGUCAGAUUCUACUGAGGGCUGAGCUUAAGAUCCUGAACUCGAAGAUGACUGAGGGUGUUGGGGUACCACAAGGCUCUGCCUCAGGUCCAGAAAUGAUUAUGAGUGGGAGUUACAGUGAGGAGAAGGAACAAAUUACCAUUGAGCAGCCAGUUACUGCAACAAUUGGGAGAAGCAACACAGUGAGAUCUGUUGCAGUCUCCAGCCAACCCUCUAUCUCUGAACCUGAGGAAGCAGAGGUGGUCUUUGAGGUCCCCAAAGAAGACCCCAGUCCUCCUGAGACACUCCCACCACACACCACCCCUGACCCCAGCUUUGAUACUGAGUUAGCCGAAGCGGCAGCUGAUGGGGGCCUGAAGAAGGGCAAGAGUGACCCCUAUGUCAAGAUCAAUAUCGGAGUGGUCAAGUUUAAGAGUCAUGUGAUCAAGGAGAACCUCAACCCCACCUGGAACGAGAUGUUUGAGACGGUGCUGAACCCCCAGGCUGGUCAGGAGGUCCAGGUAGAGCUGUAUGAUAAAGACAUGGAUGCGGAUGACUUCCUGGGAAGGUUUAUGAUGAGGCUGAGUGAUGUCAUCAGUUCCCAGUACACAGACCAGUGGUACACUCUGAAUGAUGUGAAGUCAGGUCGUCUUCACCUGGUACUGGAAUGGGUACCAACAGUAUCACAACCAGACAGACUGAAUAAGGUGCUGCAGCUGCAGUCUCUCCAGGCCUACCAGAACAAGGCUGUUCCCUCUGCUGCUCUGCUCUUCGUCUACAUGGACAGAGCCCACUCACUGCCCUUGAAGAAGAGUGGGAAGGAGCCAAAGGCUGGAGCUGAGCUUGUUCUGGGAGAGACAACGUAUAGAACCAAGGUAUGUGAUCGUACCAACUCCCCCCAAUGGGAAGAGGCUUUCUACUUCCUGGUUCGAGACCCCAGAGAGGAGAUUCUCAUAGUGAAGCUCUCCAGUGCUUGGGAUCAGGCGAUGGGUUCUCUGGUGGUACCAGUCAGAGAGCUGCUGUCAGAACCAGAUCUGGUCCUGGAUCAGUGGCUGAGUCUGGAUGGAGCCUCACCUGACAGUCAGAUUCUACUGAGGGCUGAGCUUAAGAUCCUGAACUCGAAGAUGACUGAGGGUGUUGGGGUACCACAAGGCUCUGCCUCAGGUCCAGAAAUGAUUAUGAGUGGGAGUUACAGUGAGGAGAAGGAACAAAUUACCAUUGAGCAGCCAGUUACUGCAACAAUUGGGGAGAAGCAACACAGUGAGGUGCCCUCUGAGGAAUCUGUUGCAGUCUCCAGCCAACCCUCUAUCUCUGAACCUGAGGAAGCAGAGGUGGUCUUUGAGGUCCCCAAAGAAGACCCCAGUCCUCCUGAGACACUCCCACCACACACCACCCCUGACCCCAGCUUUGAUACUGAGAUAGAGGAGCCAGAAGAAACUGAGGAACCUAUCACCCAACUGUCAGUCACAGCAGACACUGAGGAGCUCCAACCCUGGCAGGGACCAACGGCAGGAUCUGUUACAGAGGACAUUGCCAGAGCUACAGUGUCUAGCCUUCCUUCUGUGUCUGUACCUGAGGAAGCUGAGGUCAUGCCUGAUGUCAUCCCUGAAACACGCCCUCCUCACACUACCCCUCACCCAAGUUUUGGCACUGAGGGGGUGCUGAGAAUCCAUGUACUGGAGGCCCAGGAUCUGGUUGCCAUGGAUAAGCUGAUGGGGGGCCUGAAGAAGGGCAAGAGUGACCCCUAUGUCAAGAUCAAUAUCGGAGUGGUCAAGUUUAAGAGUCAUGUGAUCAAGGAGAACCUCAACCCCACCUGGAACGAGAUGUUUGAGACGGUGCUGAACCCCCAGGCUGGUCAGGAGGUCCAGGUAGAGCUGUAUGAUAAAGACAUGGAUGCGGAUGACUUCCUGGGAAGGUUUAUGAUGAGGCUGAGUGAUGUCAUCAGUUCCCAGUACACAGACCAGUGGUACACUCUGAAUGAUGUGAAGUCAGGUCGUCUUCACCUGGUACUGGAAUGGGUACCAACAGUAUCACAACCAGACAGACUGAAUAAGGUGCUGCAGCUGCAGUCUCUCCAGGCCUACCAGAACAAGGCUGUUCCCUCUGCUGCUCUGCUCUUCGUCUACAUGGACAGAGCCCACUCACUGCCCUUGAAGAAGAGUGGGAAGGAGCCAAAGGCUGGAGCUGAGCUUGUUCUGGGAGAGACAACGUAUAGAACCAAGGUAUGUGAUCGUACCAACUCCCCCCAAUGGGAAGAGGCUUUCUACUUCCUGGUUCGAGACCCCAGAGAGGAGAUUCUCAUAGUGAAGCUCUCCAGUGCUUGGGAUCAGGCGAUGGGUUCUCUGGUGGUACCAGUCAGAGAGCUGCUGUCAGAACCAGAUCUGGUCCUGGAUCAGUGGCUGAGUCUGGAUGGAGCCUCACCUGACAGUCAGAUUCUACUGAGGGCUGAGCUUAAGAUCCUGAACUCGAAGAUGACUGAGGGUGUUGGGGUACCACAAGGCUCUGCCUCAGGUCCAGAAAUGAUUAUGAGUGGGAGUUACAGUGAGGAGAAGGAACAAAUUACCAUUGAGCAGCCAGUUACUGCAACAAUUGGGGAGAAGCAACACAGUGAGGUGCCCUCUGAGGAAUCUGUUGCAGUCUCCAGCCAACCCUCUAUCUCUGAACCUGAGGAAGCAGAGGUGGUCUUUGAGGUCCCCAAAGAAGACCCCAGUCCUCCUGAGACACUCCCACCACACACCACCCCUGACCCCAGCUUUGAUACUGAGAUAGAGGAGCCAGAAGAAACUGAGGAACCUAUCACCCAACUGUCAGUCACAGCAGACACUGAGGAGCUCCAACCCUGGCAGGGACCAACGGCAGGAUCUGUUACAGAGGACAUUGCCAGAGCUACAGUGUCUAGCCUUCCUUCUGUGUCUGUACCUGAGGAAGCUGAGGUCAUGCCUGAUGUCAUCCCUGAAACACGCCCUCCUCACACUACCCCUCACCCAAGUUUUGGCACUGAGGGGGUGCUGAGAAUCCAUGUACUGGAGGCCCAGGAUCUGGUUGCCAUGGAUAAGCUGAUGGGGGGCCUGAAGAAGGGCAAGAGUGACCCCUAUGUCAAGAUCAAUAUCGGAGUGGUCAAGUUUAAGAGUCAUGUGAUCAAGGAGAACCUCAACCCCACCUGGAACGAGAUGUUUGAGACGGUGCUGAACCCCCAGGCUGGUCAGGAGGUCCAGGUAGAGCUGUAUGAUAAAGACAUGGAUGCGGAUGACUUCCUGGGAAGGUUUAUGAUGAGGCUGAGUGAUGUCAUCAGUUCCCAGUACACAGACCAGUGGUACACUCUGAAUGAUGUGAAGUCAGGUCGUCUUCACCUGGUACUGGAGUGGGUACCAACAGUAUCACAACCAGACAGACUGGAUCAGGUGCUGCAGCUACAGUCUCUCCAGUCCUACCAGAACAAGGCUGUUCCCUCUGCUGCUCUGCUAUUCGUCUACAUGGACAGAGCCCACUCACUGCCUAUGAAGAAGAGUGGGAAGGAGCCAAAGGCUGGAGCUGAGCUUGUUCUGGGAGAGACAACAUAUAGAACAAAGGUGUGUGAUCGCACCAACUCCCCCCAGUGGGAUGAGGCUUUCUACUUUCUGGUUCGUGAUCCCAAAGAAGAGAUGCUCAUAGUGAAGCUCUCCAGUGCUUGGGAUCAGGCGAUGGGCUCUCUGGUGGUACCAGUCAGAGAGCUGCUGUCACAACCAGAUCUGGUCCUGGAUCAGUGGCUGAGUCUGGAUGGAGCCUCACCUGACAGUCAGAUUCUACUGAGGGCUGAACUCAAGAUUCUGGAAUCUAAAAUGGUGGACCUGAUAGGUCAUGGAAUUCUUCCGUGUGCUGCAGGAAACUGUGGGCAGGUGAAGCUGUCUCUCUCCUAUGCCUCAAAGAAGAAGAAACUGACCAUCACAGUCCACGCCUGCAGGGAUCUGGAGUCGCCCAGUAAAGACGGUCUAGACACCUACGUCUCCCUCAUGCUGCUGCCCGACAAAAACAAGGCCACCAAGAGGAAGACAAGCAUCAAGAAGAGAGACCUCAACCCAGAAUAUAACGAAAGGUUUGAGUUUGAGCUGUCUGUGGAGGAGGCCAGGCGCAGGCAUCUGAGUGUGUCAGUGAAGAACAGCAAAGCCUCCUUCAGGAGCAGCGAUCUCAUUGGACAGGUGCAGAUAGAGCUGGCUCAGAUUGACCUGGCCUCAGGGGUCACAGAAUGGUUUGACUUGAAACAGGAAGCUGAAUAGUGGAUCUGUCAUACCACAGGGUUAAAGUUCACCUGUACAGCCUAACUCACGCCGAUGCCUUCCCCCACCUACCACUGCUGCAGCCUUCCCUGUCCUAUCACCUGUUAAUGUCUAUCUCUAAAUAUCCACAUAUCAAUAUUAUCACUAAAGACAGGGCUCAAUAGGUCAGAACCUGGAUUGAACCAGGAGAAAGUCUGUAUUAUAUAGUUUCAUCUGAAGUUUAUACCUAGUAUUAAUAGUUAAGGUCAAAAUGUGUACAUACUUAUGAAAAGGUUGAAGAUUAUACCUGCAUACUUUAAGAACUGAUGAGGGUUAUACCCGUUUAUUAAGGUUACUUUUGAAGUUUACAUUAAUAACUUGUUAGGGAUAUUUGAAGAUCAUAUGAAGGUUAUGUACGUUAAAGGUUAAUGUACUAAUGAACGAUCGCUACAUGCAUUUAUCUUGCUAAAGUAAUAUCAGUAAGGAAGGAGUUAAUAUUAUCAAGGUAAAGAGACUCUUGCCUGAUCCAGGAAGUGAAUAGGGACCAGCAUGCGUUGUCAGUAUACGGUAUCAGAUUGGUAUUAUCAAAUAACUUGUAAGCAAAGUAACAAUAAUUUUGGAAGAUAUCAGUGAAUUCCAUUAUAUUAUGGAAUGAUGUUUGCUGUGGAAAAUUGUUAAGUAUGUUAAUACUAAUAGAAGGAUAAUGAGGAAGUAAAAUGUUAAGUAUAGUAUGAGUCCUUGCGGAUUGAGAGAGAAAAAUCAGGUCCGGGACAAGGUAGCACGUCCGGUGAACAGUACACUUUAACCCAAAUCUUUUACUCAGUGUCUAGUUAGGAACCUCCCUUAUUAAAAGAGCAUUGAUUUUACUUUGCCUUAUGUUAUCACAGAGACUUCUAUAGUAUAUACUGUACCAAUGGGGCGGCAGGGUAGCCUAGUGGUUAGAGCGUUGGACUAGUAACCGAAAGGUUGCAAAUUCAAAUUCCCGAGCUGACUAGGUACAAAUCUGUCCUUCUGCCCCUGAACAGGCAGUUAACCCACUGUUCCUAGGCAGUCAUUGUAAAUAAGAAUUUGUUCUUAACUGACUUGCCUAGUUAAAGGUUUAUAUUAUAUAUAUAUAUAUAUAUAUAUGUAAACAGUACUGCUAUCCAUGCGAAAUUCAGCCAAUUAUCAAGGCACUCUGAUACAGUUAUUAAUUUCUAACUAAUACAAAAAAAGUAUUUCUGUUGCCAUUUGUAUUUGACUAAUUCAUUGUCAUACAUGCAUUCCAUUCCAUUCUGCUACAUCAUAUAUCUUUACUUGCCCUGUGUUGCUAUGCUGCUUUGUGUUUUACAUUUGUUUUGAUGUGUAUCUUUGUUUUUUUUUUAACACAUUACAAUUGUGCAUAUAUUCAUCCUUUCUAGCAGGGUUGUGCUCAAUUCAGAAUGAAAUGAAUGCCUCAAAUUCCAAUCAAAUUUGUGAAUUUGAAUUGAAGUAGUAAAUGGGAUAUAUUCUUUGGUAUCCUGAAGUGUGCCUUUCAGAUUCAAUUCAAUUUCAACCUGUUUUAUGACUGAAUAGAAUGUAUUUCAAUUGCACUGAAUUCAAUUCAAAUCUGAAAAAGAUUAUCCUAAAAUCAGUGUGCAUCAUGGCAGUCAAAUAAAGUUUUUGCACCCCAAAAAUUA